GAAGCGAAGACUGUGAGGGGUCCUAGGGUGCACCACUAACAAUUUUCACGAGGUCCCAACAGUGUCCGAGUUACACUGCGCGCUCUGCUGACGCAACCACGUCACAGUGGUUCAUAGCGAUGGCGGACCGCAGUGUCCCCAGACUUGCCCAGGGAGGGACCGAGCAAAGUCACUGAGCCACUUUCACCGGCUCCAGUAACCUGUCGCCCGACCACCUGUUAAAGGGAGGCCACUGUUGUUGUUCUCGUUGUCCCUCCCAUGAAAUAGUAUGUGGGACGGGAUCUGCAGGGAGUGCGCAGACCGGGACAAGCCAGAAGUGGAGUGAGCAGGAGCGCAGUGUGCCGGGCUGACGCGCCGCAUGUUGAGCCAGCAAGUUGACUGAUAUAAUAAAAGUCGCGUCGACGGGGAAGGGGACAGCCGCGCUCGGAUUUAACGGAGCUUUGAGGGGGACACUUGUUCCGGCAAAAUGAAAUUCGCGGAGCAUCUUUCGUCCCAUAUCACUCCAGAGUGGAGGAAACAGUAUCUUCAGUAUGAGGCAUUCAAGGAUAUGCUAUAUGCUGCCCAGGACCAAGCUCCAUCUAUAGAAGUCACAGAUGAAGACACGGUGAAGAGAUACUACGCUAAGUUUGAGGAGAGGUUUUUCCAGACCUGUGAGAAGGAGCUUCUGAAAAUCAAUACUUUCUAUUCAGAAAAGCUUGCCGAGGCCCAGAGACGAUUUGCGACGCUGCAGAAUGAGCUGCAGUCUUCACUGGACGCUCAGCGAGAGAGCAAUGCUUCGCCCGGUCUGCGGAAACGCAAGACCAGGUUCCACCUGUCGCAGGAGGAGCGCUGCAAACACCACAACAUCAAAGACCUGAAGCUAGCCUUCAGCGAGUUCUACCUCAGCCUCAUCCUGCUUCAGAACUACCAGAACCUGAACUUCACUGGUUUCCGUAAGAUCCUGAAGAAACAUGACAAGAUCCUGGAUACUUCCCGCGGGGCGGACUGGCGUGUGGCUCAUGUGGAGGUGGCACCUUUCUACACCUGCAAGAAGAUCACACAGCUCAUUACUGAGACGGAGACCCUGGUGACCACAGAGCUGGAGGGAGGCGAUCGUCAAAGGGCCAUGAAGAGGCUGAGAGUUCCUCCUCUGGGGGCAGCUCAGCCUGCUUUGGCCUGGACGACCUUUCGCGUGGGUCUCUACUGUGGCUUCUUCAUCAUUCUUGCCAUCUGCUUCGUUCUCACUGGUGCCGUGUUCUUCCGCUCUGAGAACGUCUGGCCUAUGGUGCGGAUCUAUCGGGGCGGUUUCCUGUUGAUCCAGUUCCUCUUCUUGUUGGGCAUCAACACCUAUGGAUGGAGACAGGCUGGAGUCAACCACGUCCUCAUCUUUGAGAUCAAUCCACGAAACAACCUCUCACACCAACACCUGUUUGAGAUUGCUGGUUUCCUGGGCGUGUUGUGGUGUCUCAGCAUCCUCUCCUGUCUCUACUCGCAGUACACUUACAUCCCCAUGCAGGCCAACCCUCUCAUACUUUAUGGCUUCAUGGUGCUCUUCCUCAUCAACCCCUUCAAGACCUGCUACUACAAAUCACGUUUCUGGCUCCUCAAAUUGCUGUUUCGUGUUUUCACCGCGCCGUUUCACCGGGUGGAGUUUGCAGACUUCUGGCUGGCUGAUCAGCUCAACUCUCUGGUGUUUAUUCUCAUGGACCUGGAGUAUCUCUUCUGCUUCUACAUCUUCGAGCUGCAGUGGAGCAACAGCAAGGGUCUGUUACCCGACUUUGGAGGUUCCCGAGACUUCGUGUGCCACAGCUACUCCUACGGUCUCCGUGCCAUCAUCCAGUGUCUGCCUGCUUGGCUGCGUUUCAUCCAGUGCUUGAGGCGUUACCGUGACACAAAGAGGGCCUUCCCACACCUGGUGAAUGCUGGGAAAUAUUCUACCACCUUCUUUGUUGUCACCUUUGCCGCCCUCUACGCGACACACAAAGAGCAAAGUCACGCAGACGCCAACACCUUCUUCUACCUUCUGAUUGUGUCUUCAAUCAUCAGCUCCCUGUACACACUGAUCUGGGAUCUGCGUAUGGACUGGGGUCUGUUUGAUCGUGGAGCUGGCGAAAACAUCUUCCUCAGAGAAGAAAUCGUUUAUCCACAUAAGGCCUACUACUACUGUGCUAUUGUGGAAGAUGUGAUCCUGCGUUUUGCUUGGACGAUCCAGAUUUCUCUGAUCACAAUGACCAAGAUCAACUCUGUGGGCGACAUCUUGGCCACCGUGCUGGCUCCUCUUGAGGUCUUCAGGCGUUUUGUGUGGAACUUCUUCCGUCUGGAGAACGAGCACCUGAACAACUGCGGUGAGUUUCGUGCGGUUCGGGAUAUCUCUGUGGCGCCGCUCAACGCUGACGACCAGACGCUGCUGGAACAGAUGAUGGACCAGGAGGACGGAGUCCGGAACCGCUCGGGCAAGAAGACCUGGAAGAGGUCCCACAGCCUGUCGCUCCGACGCCCCCUGCUGUCCACCUCACAAUCGAAGAAGGACACCAAGGUGCUAAUUGAAGAUACUGACGAUGAGGCCUUCAGCUGAGUCCACAGCAUCGGCACACGCACGCACACAAACACACACUUUACGACACUGUACUUAUAAAGACCUCGUUCGCUAACACCUGACCUCAAAGCUCCUCCCUCGUAGUGUUAAUGCGCAGGCCUACCCUUCAGUCUAGAAACCUUUAAAGCAGUGAGGACCAUCAGUCACUGUCCUCAGCUCUGGGAAACUUACCUCAUCUUUACGUCCUUGUAAGUACAGUUGGUCUUUAUAAGUAUGGAAACAACACACACACACCUAUAAUGUAGAAACACACACAGAGAUAGACCCGCUGAAGCACAAGUAUAGUAUAAUAUCGCUGCAGGUGAGGAGAGAGCUAAUGCCACCCAGACAAACAGCCACACAGUCAGACAGAUGGACAGACAUCAAGGGAAACCUUCUGCACAUAACCGGCGAGAUAAGACCGCACUGCCCGGGGAUUAUCCUCUUCUGUUUUUUAAACGGACUUUUUUUAAUAUCUGUCGUUUACUUUUCUGUAGAUUCUUCUUUUAUUUCCUGAAUUUGUUUAGAAGACGCUGCAUAAAAUAGGCUACCGACGACUGUUUGCACACCUACACUAGGAUCAACAGGGAGAAGACAAAGCCAAUCAAAAGACUAACAAACACAAACCGGAGGAAGGACUCUACACGCAUAUCACAGCAUAUCAGAACAAAUCAACUGGUUUCAGCUUGUUGAUUCUUUUUAUACACCAUCUCUCUCUCUCCUUGUUUUGUUUUUUAAUUUUUAAUAUUAUUUAGUUGUAAUAACAUCAGUGUGCAAUCACAACCCUGGAGGCACUUGCAGGAAAAGUGCAUUUAUUACACAAAAUCUUGUACUUGUACACAAAAAGGGAAAUUUUGAUUCAAACAUUUCUAAGUCUGUGAAGUUCCUUUGUAAUAUUUGAUGUGCAUUAUUACUCUGUUGUAGUUGUUAGGUCCUUUUACAUUGUUGUUUAUACUAGUCAGACUAGUUGGAGCAUCUGAUUGUUAAUGUGUUUUAUAAUGUUUGGAAUGUUUUUCAUGGUUGAACUUGUGCCACAUUUUUAAUGAGCUCAGAGUUAGGACCCUCGGUUAUCCCCGACCUCUAAUUAGUGCGUGAACGUGCCCUGUUAACUGCAGCAAAUGUACAUGCGUUGCUUUUCUUUACAUUAAUUACCAAAGUUUUAUUUUUUAUGAAUGUGACUGUGGCUGGGGUAGCUUCCUUUAACAAGCCUGCCAACUGAUAUGAAAACCAAACGUUUAAUAGCAGAUUGAAGUUUGCUCGCAGGCUGGAGAUCACAGUAACAUAAGCAGAGGUACAGCUGAUCAGCUCGGUCCUGUUCCAGAAAGCAGGUUCAACAAAUUCUAGGUUUUCGGCUCCAGAACAAUGUCAAAGUCAGCAUUUUCCACUCAGUCAUUCUUUACUUAAACUGAAUCAAACCAAAAUAUAUCUGAGUUUGGCACAUAUAUCUGAGUCUAUUCAAUUCAAUUCAAUUUUAUCAAACAGUCUGUUUAACAGUUUCAUUUCAAAAGGUGAACCCGUUUCAGAAUGAAAUGGAAUCAGGACACAUCCAGAUACUCCGGAUGUGUCCUGAUUCACAAACUUAUUUUAAAAUGCUUUCAGAACCUGAAAGUCGCUGAAGAUGCUGAAAUCUUCCUGUCAUCUCCAAUGUGAAAGCUAAUGAAAGUGAUUACUACAGUAGUGCACACUGUCAGGCAUCAGUGCAGGGCAUCUCAUGGACAACCUGACAGAUUCCUGACUGCCCACAGAGCUAGAAGGAUGUAUCCUAUAGAGCAGAGUCGGUAAUAAAUCCGUGGUAUCCCGUGGUCGCUGACUCUGCUGUUACACUGAUGACAGAUUUAUUAUGAAAGCAGCCACGUUAACCACCAUAAACAACAAGCUAACAUAUAAAUGGGAUUGGACUGUUUGUAAGGACCAGCUUCUGUUCCUCUUGGUGCUUUAAGACUGACUGCACGAAUGAGAAAACCUCAAAAGUUGUUUAAAGAAAAUCUGUCAGUGAGCAGUUUAAUUAUAGAGUCUGUUGCCCCGGUAACUGACCCGAUGUUUAGAUUAAUCCCGUCUCUAAAACAUCAAAUCCAGAGUUUCUCACUCAAGUUUUCACUAAACCUGCUCUCUGGAACGUGGCCCGCGUAAAACGUGGAGCACUUUUAGAUCUCACUGAGCUCAGUGAGUCCCGUCAGUUUUAAAACCGAUGUUUUUGCAUCUUGUCUUAAUAUGAACUCAUUUGGUUCUCCUUCUAUUGCAUUGGUUCUCCGGACUAUGGUAGUCCUGAGUAAUGGUUGAAAAUUAUGCGACUGGGAUUCUUUAUGUUGAUGAAGAUGUUUCGCCUCUCAUCCAAAAUAACAGAAUUCCCGUGAUUAGUGACGGCGGCGCUGCAGUGUUGCCAGAUUUGGUGGUUUUCCAUCCAGCUGCAGGUAAACGGUCGUUUCGUUCGGGCAAUAAAAUCCAUAAUAACAAAGAAACAAAACUGGGCUACCUGUAAGACCAUCAGGGGACCUGGCAGUGGUCAAACACUUAAUAAGCUCGUUCUCAGCUCUUUAACAAUAAAGCUUUCGGCUGUGGCUUUAUUUCCCGAGGGACCGCCGCAGCGGAUGGAUCUGCAUGCUUGAUUUGGUGCAGAUUUUACACCGGAUGCUCUUUCUGCUGCAAUCGCUCUUGCUUGGGAUGAUACUAGAAGCCCUCUGUGAUCCCGAUCUUAAACCCGAGCCCUUCACAUCUAAGGCUCUAACAAUAGUAACCAUUAUCCACGAUCUGUGACAAUUUUGAGCCACGAGAACAGUCAGGUGUCUUUGCUUCUGUAACACACACUUGAGCUUAAGCGUUGCUUCACUUACUUCAAAAUGUAGUCAGUAACAGCUGAGAUAAAUGCGCUGCGUGUCUGGCCACUGCUAUUACCAGCCACUGGUUUAAGUUUCAAGCUUCUUCUCCUGUUAAAGGCCGCCUGGCUGUCAGAGAAACGAUGGCGACGCUUUAACGCUGGCGUCUACGUGUGCGUGUUUGACCCUCUCGCUCUGCUGUUCCUCCCUGUGGGUACACUGUGUCACCACCCACUAGUCAUGAGACAAAGCCCAGGGAGCUACAAGACCGAUUUAUUACAGAAAUGUCUCCUGUUUCUGAUUCUUUUCUUUUUUUCUCCUCCUCAUAGUGGCUGAAAGGCUGAAAAGCCUCCGAGUGCAAUGAGCUUAAUGUGAACUUGAAAAAGCUGGAAAGUAAAACUGUGUAUCUGUUUAAAGUUUAGAAGGUGGAUGGAGCGUCUGUCCGUUUAAACACACAGCAUGACUUUAUACACACACAUUAAACAUGACACACACACACGCAUUGCCUCUCUCUUGUGUCAGAGAGCACAAACACUACAGCAGAUAGUUUUGUAAAAAGGCUCCGUUGUCUUGCCUGCAUGCUGCUUUUUGUUUUACAUUGUACAUAGAUGUUAAUUUAUUUGACAUAAUGUGUAUAUUAGUAAUCAUUGUAGCCACUGACAAUGAUUGAUUUGCCAUUUCUGCUCCAGAGCAAACAGUAUUUUGGAGGCGACGAGGAGAUUUUUGAUCGUUCACAAUCCCGCACUUUUUCCCCUCCAUGUGUAAAUCUGUUGAAACGUGUUUGUAUAAAAAUAGAAGAAGAAAAAAAACGAAUCCACAAAGAUGGAGAACGUGAUCAGUCGUACCUUGUUGGUGAUUCCUUCGUAUUUCGAUAUAAACGGGGCUCGAGGAGAAGGACGAGGUGGGGGGACUCCAGCGUCCUCAAGCUGCGGCGCUGUUCGUACAUUUGUGAAUGUGCAUGAAAAUAUUGUGGACAUCAUAUCUAUCGUUGUUAGUCGCCCUGCAGAGUACCGUGGGAGGGCACAGGACGAGAUCCCAGUCCGGGGAGGACCCACACCACAACAACCAGAUACCGCUAAACCGAUCCACCGUGUACUUCUUGAAUAUCUGAUCAAACUAAUGAAGGAUCUUUAUCUGCUCGCUGGAAGCAUUUCAAGGUGUUUCGAUGUGAGAAAAACAGAUGUUUUAGUGAUUAGUGUCUGUCUGCAGAUGUUCAGUGUGUGUAACCCGCUGACAAAAACAAAAAACAGGGUGAUUUUGUACAGAUGUUAGACGAUGAUAAGCCCUGACAUCCCUCUUUUUUUUCCUCACGAGUGAAGGUUUUGUUUUCACUGCCUGCUGAAACCUUCACGAUGUUAAAGUGCUCGAUAUCUGUGCAUCCCCCUCCCUCGAUGUUGUUUGUACCCUUUUCUCUAAACUAGCUGAACGUGAUAGUAACUGUAGUUUGGUAGAUGGAUGUUCUACUUUGAUAAGAUACUUUAAAAUUUAAAAAGAUGACAGAAUAACUACAUUGUGGCUAAAUGUGACUUAAAGAGACAUGAAGGGAAAAUGUCUUACAUGCUGAACCAUCCUCCCCGAGUCCCUUUUACAAAGUAGUUUGUACAUGUCGAGUGUAUAACACUGUUCUAUGAUGGUUUUUCUGAUGGUAUUUGUAUUUCUGUAUACACUUUGGUGAUCCUGUCAUAUCUGGGUUUUAUAAACCACGAUUAUUUUUAAAGCUCA